UGAAUUUCUGAAUCCAACACGGACCACAGUGCGAUCAGUAUACAAAUGCGGAGAAUGAGAGCUCCCGUGAGAGUGAGCACCCCAGAGCUACCCCGUACACUUAGCGUGCGUACCGAUCGUAAGAUAUACCAUUCACCCCAAAGCAUACGAUCACUGUGAGCUCCCGAGCUGAAAAUGCUCCCGAGCAUGAAGGCGCUCAACAUAAAACUCUCCCAUGAGUGACGCAACCCCAAAACAUACGCACCGCGGUGGCCCCAAACGACGCUCGCGCUCGGUUUCGCAUUCGAAGGCCUACCCCUGGCACAGUAACAGUACGCUCCGUGUGCGUCCCGUGAGCAGCAGCAUGCACCGCUGAAUCAACAUUUCAGUUCGGUAUGGCUCGUCGACCGAAACGGUCGGCGCUCGUGCUAGCGGUCGCGUUAGUGGCGUUCUGCCAAGUGGUGCACUAUCGGUGUUUGGCUAGUGGCGUCGUCUCCUCAGCGUUAGCUGCCAGCAGCAGUGGUGAAGCGGAUGCCGCCGAUCUGGAUGCGGCGGAAAGUAACCAUCGGGCGUUGCUGAAUCUGCCCAAGUUCGGUGAUCGGCUUGCGCCGCGAAACCGUCCGAAUGUGGAGGACCAUGGUCCGGGUGUAUCGGUGUCCGGUGUUAGUGGAAGACAGGCCCGCGGGCCGACAGUGUAUGGGCGCGGGAGCAUUGGGUCGGUACCGCCCGCUCACCCACUCGCCCCGAGCGACAAUGACAUCAAGCGUAGUGACGUGAUGAUGGUGAGCGGGAGAAGUGUGAAGGGUGCGGGUGUGCGUGCCGGUUCCCAGGACCUCACCGACGAGGACGAAGAGGAGGCGGAAGAGGAGGGAGAGGAAGAGGUCGAAGCAGAAGAGGAGCAGGAAGCGAAAGGGGAUGAAUCGUCCGGUGGUGACUAUUUUGCGAUGGAAUCAACGCACAACAACAAGCAGGACCUCGCUAGGUCCGCCGAUACCGAUCAGGUCGCGCAGAAUCGCUUAGAUACGGCGGGUUUGUCGCGCGACGUUAGUGCUAGUGCGGUGGCAGUGCAACAAGCGGAAAGUGUGGGUAGAAGUGCGGCCGGUAUCAACAUUGCCGGCAUCAGCAAUGCGUCGUCCGCGCAGGCUCAUCGACUCGAGAUGUCGACCGAGUUCUUCGUAGUGCCAUCGACAGCGUCGUCUGCGGCGUCGCGCUCGACCACCGUGCGGCCGGGUGGGGUUAUACUGGCAGCGCGCCAUCCUUCGGCCGCCUCGAGCAGCAGUAGCGGGGGUAGUACCACGCGCCAGAACGUAACCCCACCGACGGUCGUGUCGACGACCGGGUACGCCGGCGGUCUGCGCAAAGAACCUUGGGUGGUGCCGGUACUGGUGCUGGCGUCGCUGUCGAUGCUGAUGAUGGCCGCGUUUGAGGUGUUCGUACUGUGCAAGGCCUGGCGGACGUCGCCCAGCCGGAGGCACCUCUUUCUCGGCCAGAUGCUGCUGCUUGGGUUGUUUGCCUGUUCCGGGCUGGCAGCGGUUCUUACCGUAAAUCCGACCAUUCUGUCGUGUGCUACGAUGCGCUUCGGUGCCGGUGUUGCGUUUGCGCUCGUUUUCGCCUCCUUGCUGGUCAAGUGUGUCUUUCUGAUCAGCUUAAAUGGAGGCGUAUACUUGCCGGCACCGUACCAGGGUUUGCUGCUGCUGUUUGCCGUACUCAUACAGGUCGCGGUCGGCGGCCAGUGGUUACUAACGUCGCCUCCAAGUGUUGACAAUGUGCCGGUGGGGGGAGGUGGUAGCGGUGGUACUGCAGUGUCCAGCCGUUAUCAUCUGCUGCUAACUGCAGGUGAUCUGGCGGCGACUGCCAGUCCCACCAUUCCGCUCUGUCACACACCGUUCGCUGAGCUGCUGCUCUCCCUGAUCUACAUCGUGUUUCUGAUCGUGUUCGUCGCCAUCCUGGCAAUCAAGUCGCGCGGCAUUCGGGACAACUAUCGUGAGGCCACGUACAUCGGGCUUGCGAUCGGUGGCAUCAUACCGAUCUGGCUCGGGUGGACACUGUGCGGGUUAGCUGUGGCCGAUCGGCAUCGGGACGCUUGCCUUGCGUUUGGGCUCGUCGCCACCUCGUCGACCGUGUUUCUGGUGAUGUUUAUGCCGAAAGGGCGCCAGCUGGCCGCGAUGGGUAAGGAGGGCCUGUACGUGGAGGAUCGGGAAGAGCGAUUCAGCUCGCUGAGCCGGGCAGGAUCGGGAUAUUCGCCCUCGUUCUUCCACUUCAAACCGAUCAAGUACGGGGUGAUGGGACCAUCACCGACACUGCAGACGGCGAGCGCUAACCUUGUUGGUACUACGGCCGCUUCGGCUACUACCAAGCAUCAUCAAGCUGUUGCAACAUUAGGCGGAGAUCGCGUUGCACUGGUUACGGCACCACCGAGCUAUACGCCACGCAUGUAUCAUUACUUUCCAGCACAUAUGACACACCCCUUCUGUUACUACCCCUCACUGGCACCGCAACAGGCCCGAUACCCAGGUCUUUUUAUGCGACCGGAUGAGACGAAUCUCUACACCACGCUCGAGCAAACGAUGAGCAGCAAUCCGAACGUAUACUUCCAACGUGGUGGCGGUGUUCAUCCGGGCAUGAUGUACUAAGUGUAGCAGUGGUACGAGAAAGGCCGUCUACUGCAGCAUCGUGCCGGAUGAAACGAAACCCUCAGCUCCGCCACGUUUUCCCAGAGGGAUAGAAUUUAAGACUAGAGCUAGCUAACACCCCCGGAACGGGCCAAAAACCCCGUGUGCGACCCGUGUGCGUGCGUGUGUAUGUGUAUGUAUGUGCGUCGGGGCUGGUGGGCCUCGUACUAAGGAUGCUUCCGUUCCCUGCGCUGUUCCCCGGUGUUUGGCGGAAGAGGUGAUUUUAGAUGCAUAAGACAACCCACACCCACGUGCAACUGUUAACGAACGUUCCACCGCUAAUCUUCACGACACAAGGGCAAACAAGCGAACUACAUCCUACAGGACCAACAUGCCAAUGGGACCGAUAGUUUUCAUUUAGUUAAUUUAAGUAAACGAGAAAAUGUGAUCUCUCUACGGUAACUGCUAACAGAAAUUAGAGGGCAAAGGUGAAACAAACAAGGGAACCACGGUGGCACGCAAAAGAAGGUUGAAGAUGCUCACAACCCGUGGUGCCGUACACCAGCGGUACAAAAUAUUUGCACGGACAGGCAAAAAGCAAAUGAAAAAUGGUUUCGGUUUCAGAUAGGAAAAAGGCAAAAGGCUUCAUUUAUUUUAGCUAAACGAAAAAAAAAUCUACAAAAACGAAAAACCAUUUGCCAAUAAUCAUUAGCAAAAAAAGCACGAUUUAGUGUAAAGGAUUUUGAGAUUCACCCGGAAACGAAAGACAUCAGAUAGGGGAAGGAUACUUAUUAGUUGGUAGUGUAUCAUGUUCAUUUCACGCGUAGAAACUCCCCCACCCCCAUUUG